GAAGGCUCUUGCAGGAAAUUUUUGCAGGAAACAUUACGAUUCCCCGAUGUCUUGAACGUGAUUUCCUUCUCAGCUUCCAAACACGUUUUAGGAAUCUACGCUUAGGUGGCCCUUAUUUAAAUGCUAGUCAUUGAAUAACACCUUCCUUAUCGUAUAUCAAGCCGGUUUCGAGCCUUCCUAAUGAGCUACCUCUCACGCGAUCUUUCAAAGAGCGCGGAGAACGUUUAUUUUCUUCAUCAGAUUUCUCUCCCAAACCUCAUCGUUGUUAGGGUCAGGGCAAAUUAUUCAGUUCUCUCUCCGUCGCUGUAAACAAUCAAGGGUUUUCUGAAUCAAUCAAAGAGACUAAUUAGUUACUUUCUGUGAGAACCAGUAAACACACGAUGGCUCAUAGAUUUCUUAGAGAUCUAGAAGCGGAUGGCUGGGAACGCUCCGAUUUUCCCAUUAUUUGUGAAUCUUGUCUUGGGGAUAAUCCUUACGUUCGAAUGACUAAAGCAGAUUAUGAUAAAGAAUGCAAGAUUUGUACACGGCCGUUCACUGUUUUUAGGUGGAGACCUGGUCGUGAUGCCAGGUUUAAGAAAACCGAGGUAUGCCAGACAUGCAGUAAGCUUAAAAAUGUGUGUCAGGUGUGUCUUUUGGAUUUGGAGUAUGGGUUGCCGGUGCAAGUUCGCGAUACUGCUCUAGCCAUUGAUUCAAACGACUCUAUUCCAAAGAGUGAUGUCAAUAGAGAGUAUUUUGCUGAGGAGCACGAUCGUAGGGCUAGAGCUGGAAUUGAUUAUGAAUCUUCUUAUGGAAAGGCACGCCCCAAUGAUACUAUUCUGAAGCUACAAAGGACAACUCCAUACUACAAGAGAAAUCGAGCACAUGUUUGCAGUUUCUUUGUUCGAGGCGAAUGUACCAGAGGCGCUGAAUGUCCUUAUCGACAUGAAAUGCCCAUUACUGGAGAAUUGUCCCAGCAGAAUAUCAAAGAUCGUUAUUACGGGGUUAAUGACCCGGUUGCAGCAAAAUUGCUGAAUAAGGCCGGUGAGAUGCCGUCGCUUGCUCCCCCGGAUGAUCAAAGCAUCAAAACUUUAUACAUUGGUGGGCUUGAUGCCAGAGUCACUGAGCAGGACUUACGAGAUAACUUUUAUUCUCAUGGAGAGAUCGAGUCCGUGAGGAUGGUACUCCAGCGAGCAUGUGCAUUUGUAAUGUACACGACUAGAGAGGGUGCAGAGAAGGCUGCAGAAGAGCUCUCAAAUAAACUGGUCAUAAAGGGUUUGAGGCUUAAGCUUUUGUGGGGGAGAUCACAGGCGCAGAGGGCAGAGUUAGAGAACCAAGACGACGAAGCUGCAAGACAGCAAGCACUAACUCAUGGAGGGUUACUACCUAGGGCAGUCAUUUCACAGCAGCAAAAUCAAGUCCAACCCCCAGGGGCUCAAGACCAACCUUCAGCACCUAUGUCUUAUUUCAAUAUCCCACCUCCACCACAACCCGAGAGAGCUUAUUACCCAUCUAUGGAUCCUCAGAGGAUGGGUGCUGUAGUUCCAUCCCAGGAAGGCUCAAGCAGCGGUUCAAGUGGAAUAAUUGAUCAAGGCAUUCAGUACCCUUACCAGCGACCACCAAUGCAAGGCCACUACCCACCUUAUUAUCCACCAUAUGGGUAUAUGGCUCCACCUCCACCUUAUCAGCAGUACUCUCAUCAGCCACUCCCUCAACCACCACCACCUAUGGGAGCACAGCCUCAGCCUCCAUAUCACCAGCAACCUUCAGGGGCACCACAGCCUCAACCCCCAUUUCAGCAGCAACAGUCUGGGGCAGCACAGCCUCAACCUCCACAUGAGCACAAACUCUCAGAUCCACCGGCAUCGUCCAGUAACUAGUUUUCUUUUGGGUUGUCCUUGUUAUAAAAAUUCAGGUCCAAGUGGCCUUAUUUGUAUUUGAAGUUUUGAUUAUCGCUUCUUCCAUUAGCUUUCUUUCAUGUAUCUGGCUUUUUCGCGCAAAACUGUAUCCAGCUUUUCGUUCCUUAUGUUCUUCUGAUUUUUAGGAACUGUUGAUGUAAUUGCAACUGCUAUAAAAUACUGAUCGAGACCAAAGAAGGGUAAACAUGUUUUGAUGCGA